AAGCCAGAAGUCGCAUGUAAUAAAAAUUUAAAUUUCUUUUUUAUUUUCUUAAACUCCUCCUCAAAAAAAAAAAAAGAACUCCUGCCAAGUUUCUUCUUAUUUUCGUGAAAAAAAAACAUACUAAGCAGAUUAAAUUUAUUUAUAAAAUAUAACGGAUAUCAAAUUUAAAAAUUAAAAUAUGAACACUGAAAAUCAAGAUAAUAAUGCUGUGUCUAAAGAACAAACGGAAGAGAAACAAAAAGCACAAGCAGAACCGCAAAAAGUUAUACCUCUUCCGGUGUCCAGUAUUAAUGCUUUUAAUACCGAUGAUUUUCUAGCGCGUGUCAAUAUGAAUGAGAAAAUUAACUAUUUGCUGAGGUCACCCACUAAAACACCAAAUGGCACUCGUCAACGUUCGGUAUUUACCUCAAUAACAGCUCCAUCCCGUUUUAAUGCGAGUGCAGCUCCAUUUGUCUCACAACAACAACGCAUUUCUGGAUCAAGUGCAAUGACACCCAAAGACACAGCAACACCAUCCAGCUCAAUGCCAACAAGACAAAUGCCGAUACCAGUGCAUAUGAGCGCUGCGUCACCUCAUCACUACGGUGGUUAUGAGUCGCCCAUUACCGGUCGUAGUGGUGGUAUGACACGCGGUGUUUUUAAUACCCGUUAUCCAGUGGCACCACCACCUUCCCCCAUUUAUGGUUUUGAAAAUGAUAUCUGUAGGAUGUCGACCACCCUAUCACCUUCGCCUCAUGCUCAACAGUUUCCCCAGCCUAUGCCGCCGCCACCUUUUGCUGUUGGUCGUUUGAGUGCCAGUCAUCGUGGAGGCGUUGAAUAUAAGAAUCCUACACCACCACCCUGUCCAGGUGCUGGACCAAUAGCCAUGACUAAUGGUACAAUACAGUUGCGUUUACGUGAUGGCAUUCGCAUCGACAUGACAUUAGAUAAAGCUGUAAGAGUUUUGAAUCAACGCAGUAUGGUGGCCAUUGCUUUGUCUCGAAAUUGUAGCAAUACGGCUUUGAUUCAUCCCAAUGGACGUAUUUUACAAAGUGGUUCAAAAGUUGAGAUUGUCACAUAUGAUGGCAUGAAAACUAAUAAUUAUGUUCGUUAUGCCAAGAUGUGGUACAAAGGUGUUAGUUUUACUAGUGAGUCGUGUGCUUUGAUUUAUUUAGUGGAUACAGCCGGUACUCGCACCACUACCGAUACUUUUACAGAUUUAACCAAAGACUAUACACUAACUGUAUUCUAUGAUGACUCCCGUCAUGGUCCUUCAUAUGUUCAAGAUGCUAACGAAGUAAUUCAAAAUUCUUCUUAUACCUGUACCGAUGAGGGUACUGAAAUAUAUGACAUCAAUGGUUUUCGCAUUACUCAAGCUGCUGAUGGUCUUGUCAAAUUAACUCGUAUCCAUAGCAAAUGUCUUAUACGUACUAGUCCCGGUAAUGGUUCCGCUACUUUGACUACACCUGGUAUUCACUGUACCGCCUCGUUGGGCAAAACAUCACAUUUAUUUGUCAGGCGCAAUGAAAAACGUAUGCACUUUGAUGGUUCCUGUUUCAUUGUUCGAAAUGCUGGACAUUCUGCUGGUUUUAAUGAAAAUAAUUUGCUAAUUGUAUACUAAAUAGAUACAAAGAAAAUCUAUUUAUGAAAAUCCAUCAAAUAUUGCAAAAAAAAAAGAAAAGAAGUCUGAGGAUGCUAAACAAAAUUAAUUAUUGUUCUGAUACUAAAAAACUAAUUAAAUACGAAAAACAGAAAGAAAUUAAUUCAAUUUCUUGUCGUCAUAAUUUUCAAAUGUUUUCCCAUAAAAAAAAAACAAAAACAAAUUAAGUUUUCGAAAGUGUGUUAUCAAAAUUACCUGUAAUAUUAAGUUUUCCAUUUAAGCAAUUCCCCCGCAUAAACUCCCUAAACUAUAAAACUAAAUACAAAGUAGUGCAAGUAAAAGAAUACAAUGUUAAUGAUAUAAUGAGUUGGAAAAAAGUUCUUAAAGCUGUUGUAUUGAAAACGGAGCCAAUCACAAAGAAAAUAUCAAAAAAAGCAAACCUAACCGACCCUUCUACACACCUCAAAACCCAACAAAAUUAAACAAUCUACAAACUAUGAGGGUAGAAAGGCAAAAUAGAAAUUCCAAAAAAAAAAACAAGUAAACUUAACUUGCAUAAAAAAGUGAAGUGAAGGAUAACUUGCCCAUAAAUGGUUUCUGUUCUGUGUUGUUGUUCCAUAAGCUUCAUGCGUUAGUAGUGUGCAGAGCAAAGUUAUCCCGUAUAAAAAGAAAGUUUCUGUGCCAGAGUACCAGUAUGGCUUGGUAAAAACUAAAAUAAAGUUAAAGAAUAAAACCAAUCAUAGGAAAUCAAACAAUGUCGCCCAACCUUAAUGGUACCGCUGAUAGUAAAAUUCACAUAAUGUAACCAUCCCUUAUAGCAGGAGUUUGACAUAUUUCGUCCUAACGUAUCCUUAAAUGUUUAUGUAUUUUUGUUUGUUAUUAAUGAGUUUUUUUUGUAAAUGUCUUAAGAUUUUUUUAAUAGUAAUUUGUUAGAAUAGUAAUUGUUGUUAUCUAGUAAACAUCAAUUCAAUAAUUUGUAAUUCAAACAUUAGCAUUAUAUAGCAAUGUUAUGUUUGUUAGAUUAUUUUUGUAUUGUCUUUAAAUAUGUAGUUAUUGUAAUUACGAUAUUUUGGCUUUAAUGUAACAAAAAUUUUUUAAAUAAAUGAAAAAAUUUAUUGUAUUAUGAAA